AUGAGUAGAGCAUUUUCAUCAAAGAAAGCUUCCUGUUUGCCUCCACCACCAACGCCGACAACUACAACUGCGAAGUCGAGUUCAAACAGGAGGCAAAUUCCUCGAAGCCCUUUACAGGAUCUCUACCGCAUUUCCAGCAGCAACAACGGUAGUGAUGCUUCUUCUUCCGUCUCCACUAAAGUCCCAAAGGGUUGCCUCAGGUUCUUGGCUUCUUCUUCUUUCAAAACCCCUAUGAAUAGACCAAAAAAUAUCACCAAAACACCCAAUUCAGCAUCUCAUGGACUUGUAUUAAAACAACCUAAGUCCAAUUCCUCGAAGGAGAAUCAUCCAAAUGGCGAUAAUAUUAGGCUGCAAACCAAAACAGUUGUACCAAAUAAAGCUAGGAAAAAUCCACUAUGUCUCUACCAGUGGCAGUCUGGUAAGAAAACUGGUUCUAGGACUGGCCAAAAGUCUAAGCUUAGUUUGGCUUUGAAUGAAAAUGGAAAAAAAUUAUCUACACCGAAGGAAUCAAAGAAAAAAGAGGAUAUUAAUGUUGUUGAGUCUUCCCGUCUCAAAUCAUCUUACAGCUAG